UACAUGAUCUAUAUACAUGUUUUUUGGACCUUGGGUCCGAUAUCAUGCUGAAUGGUUUCCACAAUGCUAACACCGCCCUCGCGUCAUUUGAAAGUCAUGCAACAGAAUGUUGCUGAAAGCAAAGCACUUGCUGACGCCCUGCGGGAGCAGAACUCUAGCGAGCGCGGAGCAGAUCGUGCAAAUGUACACAGACGAAAAGAACAAAUGGAGCGCAUUAGCAAAGCUCACAGAGAGCGAGAAACUUUUCUACUGCACGUACGAGCCUUGUUUGAGAUGAGCUCGCCAAAAAUGCAAGCUCCAAAGCUCCCCGGACCCCUUCAGCGUGUGCCUUUGAAAGCCAAAACACCUGCCCAGCUUGGCCAAGUGGCAAACGGCUCAAAUAUCUCAAAUGCCGAAGGGAAGCGUCGGACAGCUGAGAAAGUUCAUGCACCUUGGAGUGAGGUUUCGACCGCGGCACCAUCGACUGUUGGAGGUGAUGAUGAUAUCUCUUUCAAAGCGGAUGAUUUGGCAGGUCCAUCAAGGGUGAAAUCGGUGAAAUCCGCUUUUCCAAGGCCUUUGCAGUGCGAGAACAACUCCUUGAAAGAGUUGGAGAUAGCUCUCACAAGAGCCCAAAGAGACGUACAUGAGGUGUGUUCGAAGGAGGGACUGGAAGAGCGUGACGUCUUGGAUGAGACCUUGUCAUCCAGCGAUGAGAGCUUCCUGGAAGUCUCCCAAAGAGCACGGGCUCCUGCAACUUACAGCACUCCGAAAUUGAAUUCUCCGAAGAAAGUGCAGAGUUCAGAGAGAUCCAGCUCGACGUCAGUUGAUCGACCUGUUAAACCAUUGGGCAGUUCAAAUGUCCAGCGCAAAAAUGCGGUUGGCAAGUUAAAGAGCAGGCUGGCAGGUGCGUUGAAAGGCAUUUCAAAAGAAGAGGAGGCCUUGCAAAAGAGCCUUCUUAGAAUGGAUUUUGAGGAGAUGAAGCGACAGUUUAGUGGUCAAAAGCCUCUGUGGCGCGACAAUGAGGCAAUGGGGGAGAGCUUCAAGACAGAUCCUCACAGGGAAAGCAAACUGGAGGCAUCCCUGCUGCGCCUGGAUGAGAAAUUUCAUCAUUUGCAUGAGCAGCACCAGGCCAGAUUGCAGAAGGAUCAAGAGCAGGGUGAAGGCAAACCUCGUCGACCUUGCCAGGUGAAAAGUACUGCCAGGACCCGGCCCCGAAGCUCUGUUGGACGCACCUACGGCACUCAAAGACGCUGGCGAGUGGAACCUGAGGUGCCAACAAUUCAUGCUGGGCCUCGAGGUCAAAAACAAGAUCUCGCGAAGCAGUCUUUGAAGCCAUCAGGCAGAAAUUGACAAAAAAGGUGCCGCCAGGUGCCCACGUCUCGUGUCACAAGUGCGCGGUGACUGGGUGAUGCUGAUCUUGAUACAGAUUUGUAUUGAAGGGCCAGGUUUCCAAGCUGUGAAAAACCUUUGAGGAUGACAGUUGUGAAGAGCUGUGAAUUGAUGCAAGACUUGGAGAGCUCGGCCUCUCCGUGUAAAAACUGGCUGCCGAAUGCGGGACUGUUAAGCUCUGCAGAGAAAAUUGGGCGAGUGGAAGAAA